UGACGGCCGUUAUAUUAGGCGAUGAUGCACGGAUAGGAGAACCCACGUGGCCUGCCAUGCGCCGCAUUCCAAUGCGAGGAGGCGUCGCUUCUCUUGCGUCCUAAGCCCCGCGAUCUCAAAUUGCUGCGGCGGUCGCAGCCACCUCCGAUCGGGCCGUCGCCGGCACCACCGACGCCGCCGAAUCGCCGGUCUCUCCUCGCCCCCCCGCGCGAGCCCUCGCUCCCUCUUCCGUGUCGCGGCUUGAGGCGCAGGCGAUCGCCGGUCGCUGCGCGGCACCACCCUCGCCAAAUUAGGGCUCUUUCGGAUUUUGGUGGGUAGAUUGAACAUUUUAAUGUUCUGCUCCUCUUGAAGAAUGGAUCACGUUGAGCAUGAUGAAAAUGUUGGAGAAGAGGAAGGUUCUGCAAAUGAGUUCACUGAAGACAAUGAUACUGCAGUAGAUAAUGAGCUUCACAAUGACAAAGCCUCACAUGAUGAGAAUGGGAAGGAAAAGGAGCAAUUUGCAGUCAGUGACCCAAGGGAUAAAUUGGAGCCGAGAGUAGGAAUGGAGUUUGAUGAUGAUGAGCAAGCAUACCAGUUCUAUAAUGAAUAUGCAAGACGAGUUGGCUUUAGUAUUCGAAAGCAACAUUUAACAAAAAACAAAUCUGGCCAGGUUACAUUUAGGAGAUUUGUUUGCUACAGAGAAGGCUAUUACAGAAACCGUCCAUUUGAUAAAGAUGCAAAGAUUCUGCGAACGGAUGGAAGAACUGGCUGCAAUGCACACAUAGGCAUCAAACGCUUAAAAAGUGGGAAGUUCUGUGUCCACCGUUUUGAGCCAGAGCACAAUCAUAAACUUGCAUCAUCGAAAAAGGUUCACUUGCUAAGAUCACAAAGGCAGGCAGAUGAGACUCAAAUGUCACGGGCACAUGCUGCAGUCAUGGCCGGAAUGGCUCCCAAACCAACUCUAGACUUACUAUCUAACAAUGUUGGUUCUGAUAAAUCCAAAAAUUACUUCCAUGGGUUUCGUCAACAUGAAAUGAAGGUAGGUGAUGCAGGAGCAAUGCUACACUAUUUACAGAAGAAGGCUGCUGAAGACCAGAGGUUUUACUCAGCUAUACAACUUGAUAUGAGAGAUCGAAUAACAAAUGUGUUUUGGGCAGAUUCAAGGUCAAAAAUUGAUUAUGAACAUUUUGGUGAUGUUUUAUGUCUUGAUAUGACAUAUAAACCAAAUGGAUAUGACAGGCCUUUCGUCCAAUUUUUGGGAGUGAAUCAUCAUACUCAAACUGUCAUCUUUGGUGCAGCUUUUCUGUAUGCUGAUACUGUAGAAUCAUUCAAAUGGUUGUUUGAAACAUUCAAGGAGGCAAUGUAUGGAAAGGUGCCUCAUCUGAUUCUAACAGAUGAAGAUGCUGCAAUUAUUAAAGCGAAAGACGAAAUUUGGCCAAACACAAUGUAUCGGCACUGUGCCUGGCAUAUUUACACCAGUGCAGCUAAGAAUCUGAGUUAUGUUUUUCAGGCCACUCCUAGUUUUGCAAUUGAUUUGAGCAAAUGUCUUUAUGACUGUGAAGAUGAGGAUGAGUUUGUAUCAGAAUGGGAAAGGAUGUUAACACAAUAUAAUCUCACAAAUAAUGUGUGGUUGUCCAAGCAGUUUGAAGAUAGGAGAAAAUGGGCAUUGGUUUAUGGAAGGGAUAUAUUUUCUGCCGACAUCAAAAGUGCCCUAAGAAGUGAGCACAUGCAUUCCGUAUUAAAAACACACUUAAAUGCUGAGAAAGAUCUUAUGUCCUUUUUUAAGGUUUACGAGAGGCUGGUUGAAGAUCGACGAUAUAAUGAGUUACAAGCCGAUAUCCAUGCUAGUCAGUCAGUGUUUGAAGUUCCCCUUUCGCGAUUAUUAAAGCAAGUAGCAUCCAUUUAUACCCCCAAGGUCUAUGAGAUGUUUGUGAAGGAAUUCAAGUUGUAUGUAGACUGUGUUAUCCAAUGUUGUGGGGAUGAUGGAAAUUAUUAUGAGGUCACUAAUUUGGAGAAGCAAACUAAAAGUUAUGUUAGGUAUGAUCCAGCAGAAGACACGCUAAAAUGUAGUUGUAAGAAGUUUGAGGCCAUUGGUAUACUUUGCUCCCAUGCAAUGAAAGUUCUUGAUUAUAAGAAUAUCAAGGAAAUUCCUGAAAAGUACAUCAUAAAGAGAUGGAGAAAGGAUGUGAAGGAUGGCGUACUGAUCAACAAAUAUGAUGGUACAAAUGAAAUCGAUCCUACAGUUGCCAUUGCAAAUCGUUAUGCCUCACUUGGACGUGUUUAUUUGCACAUUAUAGCAAAGGGUUCAAAAUGUCAAGAAGCAUAUGACAUUGCCAUAGAAGAAGCCGAGAAACUUACGAGAAAAGUGGAUCUUUCUUUACAAAAUAGAGCUUUUGAUAUGAGCCUGUCGGAGUCCUCAGAGGAUCAACUUCAAGAUUGUGUUGAAGUUCACGCAGUUCGAGCAAAUAAGGAAGCUGGAAGGCUGACGAAUCAAGGGGCAAGUAGCUUCAGGAACAACAACAAACAGCGUAGGCAGCGUAGGGUUCUAAGUGCAGAAGAAAGGACUACAAAGAAAAGAGGUAGAAAAGGUCGAUCUGAUGAUGGGUUGGCUGGUUCGGUGGCCAGCAUGCCAGUAAGGACUCAACCACAUUUGGCAGUAUCUAGCAAUCAAUAUGACCAUUGGCCUUCUGUUAGAUGUCUGUCAUUACAGUAUCCUUCAAAUGGUCAGGAAUCAUUGGUUUCCAAUUCACCACAACCACCAUUUGGAAUUAUCAAUCAGCUGCAUCAGAAUGAAUCUACUUGUAUCAUGUUUUCCCAAUCACCAGUUGGGAGUACUUUUCCAGUUGAACCUUCAGAUCGCAGUUGAAAACACGGAGGACAUGUACAUAUCACUAAUAGGAUUGAGAGAGGUCAGUAUCUGUCUCAGGAUGCAUUCCAGGAAAAUGUUAAUAGCAGAAAUUCUCUGCCCAACGCUGGAGAAUUUGGUAGAAUGACCUAUUGUAGAUCCAGAUUGCCAUCCCCUCAUAAUUUUGUUGUACCAGUGAGAUCUCAUGAACGACUUGCAAGUGUGUCUUGAAUUAAGCUUCUUGAUAUCACUAAUGUUGUAUUUGUAAACAAUCAUGCAACAUGAGCUCUUUUUUUGUUCUCAUGUAACACUUGCAUAUGUUGUGAUAUGUAGACAUCUGAGACUAUAGCUGAUGAAUUAAGUUAAAAACCUCUUUUUUCCUUUGUA